GACACUCCAAACCUUCCUGGCUCAGGCCCCAGCCACCUCCGCUGGUCAGCAGGUGACCUUUGCCCGGCUAGCUGGGCCCUCAGUGCCCAGUGUCCUAGGGACAUAUAAACCAGAGCCACAGCCUGGGGCCUGACAGCUUUGUUCCUCCCUGAAGGCAGCGGCUCCAGCAGGAACACAGGUGCCAUGCGUCCCUGGGUGCUGUUGGCUGUGGCCCUCGUGGUGCUCCUGGCUUCUGCCCAAGCCAUGGAGGCCGAGGACACCUCCCUUCUCAGCGUCAUGCAGGAGUACAUGCAGCAGGCCACCAAGACGGCCCAGGAUGCACUGAGCAGCAUGCAGAAAUCCCAGGUGGCCCAGCAGGCCAGAGGCUGGAUGGAUGUUGGCAUCAGCUCCCUGAAAGACUACUUCAGCACGGUUGCAGGCAAACUCUCCGAAUUCUGGGAUUUGACCACUGAGGCUGCAACCACUCCGACUCCUGGGGCUGCCUGAGACAUCAAUUCCCCCCAGUCUGCCUGCCCAGCCACCCUGUUGGUGCCAUGGCUCCUGUGGGCUGCAGAGCUGUCCCCCAAGGACAGUUUGAAGGGACAGUAUCCUAGGCAGCCCCUCGCCCCUUCCCAGCCCCAGUCCUGGCUCUCCCACAGGCAUGCUGCCUCCCAAUAAAGCUGAAUUAGA